AUGACCCACCGCUCGCGCUCGUUCGCGCCCAAGAAGAAGCUCGGCAAGCCGGCGUCGCAGAAGGGCAAGCCGAAGAAGCUGCACCACCCGCCGGCGCGCAACGCGUCCGCGGCCAAGGCCGAGUCGGAUGGCGAGGAGUCCGACGACGACCAGUCGGACGCGGGCGCCGACGCCGCCGAAGCCGUCGUCAUCGACCCCACGCCGCCCGCGGCAGCGUUUACCAGCAGCCCGAGCGACGAGGAGAUCCUGGACGUCAUCCGCGCCGCGCUCGGCACCGCACUCACCUCGCCGUCCUUCACGGCCGAUGUCCAAACGGCAAAGGGCCUUCUGUACGACAAGAAGUGGCUCGAGCUCUUCACCAACCCGGCCCUGCUGGACGCGUACGCCGGCCGCUGGGUGCCGAGUCGCGCGCUGUGCUUUAGGGACUUGAUGGCGGGGAUCAAGGAUGUGCGGGGGUUGUUCGUUGGCGAGGGGGAGGAGGGGGAGGAAGAGGAGGGAGAAGAAGAGGAAGACGAUGAGAAGGAGGAGGAGGGUGGGAACCAGGCUGCCGACGCCCCAGCGACCGACGCCUCGACAGCUACGCCCACUCACAUCCUCUCCAUCGGCGGCGGUGCCGGCUCCGAACUGCUUGCCGUCGCGGCUCUCGCCCACUCGGCACAGCUGCUCGGCCGUGGCGCGCCAAUCAGCUGGACGUCCCUCGAUAUUGGGGACUGGGGAGGCGUGCUCACGCGGCUCGGCAACGCCGCGCGGUCCGAGUGGGAGCUGCCGGGGUCCAUCAACUUCAAGUACAUCAAGGACGACGUGCUCGACGCCUCCUCAACCUCCAUCACCUCCCUCCCUGCGCCGUCCCUCACGACCAUCUUCUUCACGCUCACCGAGCUGCUCGCGCAGUCCCGCCCGCGCACGGCGGCGCUCCUGCGCUCAAUCACGGCACGUACCCCGCCCGGCGGGCUGCUGCUUGUCGCCGACAGCGCGAGCGAUAUCGCCGAGUUCGCGCUCGGGAAGGACGGCCGCACGUGGCCCGUAUACAUGGUCCUCGAUGCGCUCCUGCUCCGCGCCGACCCCGGCGCAUGGGAGCGCGUGCGCGCCGACGACUCCAAGUGGUGGCGUCUUGCCGACGGCGUCGGCGCCGACUGGCCGUGCAAGCUUGAGAAUGCGCGCUACUGGAUGCGGCUGUACCGCCGCAAGGCGGCGGCGGAGGCGCCCGAGGCCAAGGUGGCGGCAGAGGAGUAG